AUGUCUUCAAUACUAUACCUGCGGAACUGCUUUGAGGAAGAUGCGUUUCAACCGCUGCAGUUCCAAGGUCUGCAUCUCCGGCAACUGAAGCCAGUCAAUCCAAAAGCGAAGAGGAUAUUGGGAUGGCUUCAAGAAGCGGUCAAGGAGGCACUUCAAAAGGAAUACCUGGAACAUCUCUCUCUCGGCAUCCAUUGCAGACAAACUGACAAGCUACUGGAGUGCUACCAAUUUCACUUCACCUACACUGCCACUGAAGCUGGAGUUUCCGUCAGCGUCAGAAAAGGGAGCGCAGGUGCCUUCGAGCCCGUUGGUUCGCGGCUUGCUUGCGUGACAAAAGAUGAGGCUAAAAGGCAGACGGAACUGCUCCUUCGAUCGAUGUGUUGUCUUAUACAGUCUCUGGACCAUCUGCCGGACGAGCACUACGUUUCUAUGACAACUCCGCCAGACUACAGGUCCGAUGGCUUUGCGCCAACGGAUUCGCCCGUAUCCUUCGGGAACGACGUCCCCUUGGAUGCAUUGACAGGAGAACUCAGAACGGGCUAUCAUGAAUUGACUGUCCGGAUCCAGACAGUGUGCGACUCCGAAGACACCUACUAUCUGGAAUGGGAAGGCGCAGCCCCCGAGGAAGAACUCCCUACGCGUUUCAGGCACGUGACGAAAGAGAUAAUCGCCAGCGCAUGUGCAGUGUCACAAAAUGUUGCAAAGGAGCUUCUGAAGCACUUGAUCCAGCAAGGUCUCGUCAAGGCUAAGCAAUCUCGUGGUCAAGGGCACGAAGGGAGUAGUGAUCGUGGUCCUCGCUCGGGGGGUGGCGUUCUGCCGCAUAAACCUUCUUCACAGUAUCGGCGUUACAUCCGCGUCGUGAGCGCAAGGGCGUCCAUCUGCGCAGCGCCCGUGUGUUCAUUAGAGCUUGUCAUAAUCAUUGGUUCACCACAACUAACAUAUCUGGAAGACGGAACUGUGGAUGAGCAUUGCUGUCACAUUGCUUUUCAACUGCCCCACGGGCGUUCUUUUCCACGAUCACGCGGGCGAAGUGCCGGGAAGGUUCACGGUUCCCUCGCCCGCGCUGGCAAAGUCAAGAAUCAGACCCCCAAGGUCGCCAAGAAGGAGAAGAGAAAGCCGCCUACGGGACGCGCGAAGAAGAGGCAGCAGUUCAACAGAAGAUUCACCGUCUCCGUUGGCCGCAAGAGGGGUCCGAACGCGCAGACUCAGUAA